AUGAAAAAUAGCCUCCUGCUACGCCGUCUGGAUGCCGUCGCGCCGGACAGUGCUCCCGCCACUGUCAGCGUGACAGAGGUCGGCGAAUCAUCGUCUGCUGCAUCGAAGAAGAGGCGUCGCUUCGGGCAAGCCGUUCUGCCGUUCGGCACGCCCCCUGCGAAACCUACUCCGCCUCCCGCUCCUGUCCAAGCUCCCAAGCGAGUGUCCCGUGAACUCACCGAUGCCGAGAAGGCAGAGGAGAAAUUUCAAAAGGCGCAGCAGCUAUACAUCACGCAGUGGCUGCCGAAGUGUGACUGGCUGCUGCUGGACAAGAACGAGGAGGGCCUGCCCAUUCUGCGAUGCAGCAUUUGUGUCGAGCACGGAAAGGACGACGCGGAAUUUGGACGCAACGGCACGGGGGGACGCGAUCUGCAGCUCGGAUCGAUGCGAUGCCACGAGCUGAGCGGUCACCACGACGAAGUCAUGAAACGGCAGCGGACGCUCAUGGCGGGGAUAGAGCAGCAGAAACGGAAUGACGAUUUCGCCAACACCGACAAGGAGGGCGCGCGGCUUACUCGUCUCAUGCGCGGCAUGGAGUUCAUCUGCGACCAUGACGCACCGAUCGUGAUGUUCCCUAAGCUCAUAGGGUUCCUCACGGAAGAGGGAGUCGACGACAUCCUGCUUCAGUCAGAGGCGCUGGUGGUCAAGGAUGCUGCGAAAGCAUACCCAGACCUUAACAUGAUCGAUGCUGCUGUGCGUGCUGUGGACAUCACACUAGUCGCCAAAGAAGUCGACCACACGAUCACCAUCAUCACGCACCGGUACAUCCAGUACGACGACACCUUUGGCGGCGGGGUCAGCAAGCACUUGUCCAAGUUCAUCAAAGAGCACGGUGGUGACAAUCGGACGGUGGUGGUUGAAGGGAUUGACGCGGAGGGGAGGCAGACAUCACACAAGUUCGAGCUGAGCGAGACACCCAUCAAGAAGCACAAGUUCGGGGGCACGCUUGCUGACUGCGAGAAGCUGUGCACGGGUUUCGCGAAGGAGAUUGUCGGAAGAAUGAAGUACCGCAUGUGGGACUUGCAGCAGUUGGGCGGCGCGAAGCUGUUUCAAGUUGAAUCGUGGCCCUCCAGAGAGGACCAGCGCGAGUUGAAGACCCUCGAGUGGCUGGCGGCAAACGAUGAGCUGUUUGGGUUCUUGCUUCCAGGUGAGGUUAGAUUUAUCACGUGUGUUUGA